AUGAUGCAAGACUCUGUGUCGGAAGCACAACCAGGACAGGCGAAUGGGACGGCGAUUGGCCUACUCUUUUCAUGUGUCAUGGGAUCGCUACAGAAGGCGACGACUCUGAAUCAAUCUCUUCAAUGGACUCCGGUGGGAGAAGACGAUCUGGUGCCUGGUGAUCGAAAUGGGAAGCUAGCACUCACAGUUUUGGCAGAAUUCAAAGGAAGGGUAUGUGCCCCUUGGCAAAGAAUGAUCUUGAUUCGGUUACUUGGGUUGAGGAUUGGUUUUGCUACCCUCUGUAAUUGGCUCGGUAGCUUAUGGCCUCCUACAGGCACAAUGGAAGUCAAGGAUCCGGAUCACGAAUGCUUCCUUGUUAAGUUGGAAAAUGAACAAGAUUACUUUCGUGCUCUGACUAAUGGAGCCUGGAAAGUCAAGUACGAGAACCUCCCCGAGGUCUGCUUCAAAUGCGAGAAGAUUGGACACAACUCAGGUACAUGUCCCCAGAAUAAAACAACUUAUUCGUCGUCCCAAGAGAAUCUCGUCGGAUUGUCACCGCCGGCAAGCCCGUCACCUUCAUCAGAAGACUCCAAUUUGGGGUUUAAGCCGUGGAUGUUGGCAACGAGAAAAACAUGGCGGAAUUCAGGGGAUGCGCAAAGAAAAGGAAAGGUGGAGCAGCAUACAGGGACACAAUUCACAAUUGCCAAAAAUAGAAACUGCGAAACAACUGGUAAGGAAGCGAAUCAAUCACUGCCUCUUUUGGCGAUCUCCAACGGUCCCUCACCUCAACAAAGUUCAGCCCCAGAAAGGAUGGUGGCUAAUGGGAAGAAAAGUGGCGAGGAUGCGAAGAAAGGAAAAGGAAAGGUGACUAAUGAAAUUAUAAGGAAAGGGAAAGGACUUCUUAGGUCGGGGCCCAAUUCAGGAAACUGA